UAUCAAACCAACCCACCCACUCCCACCAUGUACUACUUUCUUGAACAAAUUCUAGAGCAAAAUUUGAGCUAACCACUACUAGAUCAUCAUGGAAGCUCUCAUGGAUCAAUUUUCCUUCCUAUCAGAUCAAGCCUUGCAAGACAAGAAUUUUGAUCCUGCAACAAUAGAUGAUCUAUUGAAACUCUAUGAAUUAGAAGCCUACAAGGCCUGGGCUUCCAUUGAAUCUGAACAGGAGAAAGAUGUCCAAGAAGCUGAAACCUUCAUGAAAGAUGCAGAGGAUUACCUCAACUCUGUUAUGGAAAACGCCAUGGAUGAAUUCCGACGAUUCGAGGAGGAAUUAGACUCUGUUUCAAAGGCUGAACUAGAAACCCUACUUCGAGUUGCAAAAAAUACAAAGAAGAUUGGUCAAUCGAUGGAAAAGGCAGCGACCAUUGCAUCCAAGAAGUAUAUGGAAGCUGCUCUUCUUUCGGCUACGGCAUCAAUGAAAUCGGCUUGGAAGGGAUUCUCAUUCAAUCCUAAAAAGGUUCAUCCUUCUUAAGAAACAGCUUUUGCUUUAACUAUGUAUCUUUU